CCCGGAGCCGCGUACGCUGCCGUGCGUAACCCCCAGUCAGUCCUUCCACGUCCGAAAACGCGCGCUCCACGCACCCGGUGCGAGCGAGCGAGCUUAGCGCGGGCUCACCCCAGCUCUCUCUGCGCUGCGCCCAGCGUAGCCUGAACAGAUCGGACAUAAGUGCGCGCGUGUGGUUCGUGUGUGUAUACAUGUGCCAUCCUCCGCGUCGACGGUAAGCGGGAGAGAAGAGGACUCGGGCCAACCGGAGCCGGAACCGAAAAAUGGAUGCGACGCCACUGCGACUCAUUUCCGGACUGCUUUUGUUCGCCUACACCACCUUGUCAGACUAUAGCGAUGUGAAGAACGCGCCCAACUAUUACGGCAAACCGAUCGGAUCCCUGCGGAUGGAGGGACGCAAUGUCAGCGGCGACGUGUUCGCCGUGGGGGAGUCGAUGCUGUUCAUAAAGGGCUUCACUUACGACGGAAUCGGCGCGCGCGCGCACUUCUUGGCCGGCAACACAUCCAAUCCUAGCCAGCAGGAUGGUUACCUAAUCCCGUAUCCGCCUGUGGAGAAAGGCAGAGACCCGGAGAAGCUGCGAGCGUUCAACAAGACGGACAUCUUUCUGGAGUUGCCUGAUAGAAAACGGAUACGGGACUUCAAAUGGCUCGGCAUUUGGGACACUCGAAUCACCCUCAAUUUCGGCUACGUGGUGUUCCCGGCUGGUUUGAAGGCACCAGAAACCAAAAUGCUGUCGAAGUUCACGCAGUUGGCCCAUGGAGUUCGCAGUGGGAACAUCACCAUCCUAGAUAGCAAAACUUUCUACAUUCCGAAUUUGCAUUACGACGGGAAAGGUCCGGAAGCUUAUUUCUGGGUCGGGAACGGCUCGGAGCCCAACUCGUUCGGCACCAAAGUCCCCGAUGAGAGGAAAAGACUGUCGCCGCUGAGGCAAUACCAGGGGGUGGAUAUAGAGCUAGUCCUGCCGGGCAACCUGACCACGAGCAGCACACCGCCACCGCCGCAGUUCAGAUACGAGCUGACCAAUUGCAAGGAGAUGCUACAGGGCCGCGUGCAGGUGGAAUGGGAGAUGAUCGGCGAGAACAUACAGAUCAGGUUGUCGGGGCUCAUAAGGGAGGACCAGUACGUGGCGUUCGGGUUGUCCGGCACCGACGGGAGACCCGAGAUGAUCGGCGGGGACAUGGUCGUGGUCGCUUACAACAAUACGACCGGCGAAUUCAUCGUCGAGGACUACUACAUAUCCGCGUAUACGCAGUGCAACGGCCAGGAGGGUGUGUGCCCCGACGAGAGGGUUGGAGGGAAGAACGAUGCCGUCCUCGUGCAUGGGAAGAGGAAGGACGGGGUGACCACAGUUACCUACACGAGGCCGUUAAGAACGAACGAGCCGGUGAAGGACAGAAUGAUCCCGAAUUCGGAGACCAGCGUGAUCGCAGCGAUAGGACCCUUGAACCCGAGAGGAGAGGCUAAUGCUCACGAGAGCUUCGACAAGACGACCGAGGACAUUCGCAUUGAUUUUUCGUCGAAGAACGUCCACGAGUGCCCGAGUUCCCUCUACAACCGACCGGACGCAUUUGACAUCAAACCGUGGCCACCGUUGAUGAUCACCAACGAGACUACGUUCAGCGUCAGGCUAGGACCCACUGGCGGGAAGAGGGGAUACUCGAGGAUUACUGGCAUGCCUUCCCGGGAAAUCGUUUGGUACAUCAACGACCUGCUGAUCCCGGAGGUUACCGUCGAGAGGGGACAGACGUACACGUUCAUAGUGGAGGGCGGGAACGAUCCCACUAAUCCGGCCAGGUACCACCCCUUUUACAUCACGACCAGCAUGGAGGGCGGUUUCGGACAGAAAACCGAAGAGGAACAGAUGGCGCAGAAGGUGUUCGCCGGGGUGAAAUACGACGCGGACGGGUAUCCGUUCCCGACCGCUGCCGGUCGUUACUGCAGAUGGGUCGACAAGACGGUGGACAUGAGCGAGGAGAUGGAGACGUUCGAAAACUUCUUCGAAACCCUGCGACUGGAAUGCGACAAGGGCGAACCGGCAGAGCUUAUUUGGACUGUGGCGGAGGACACGCCGGACGUGGUGUACUAUCAGUGUUACUCACAGCGUAACAUGGGCUGGAAGAUAAACGUUGUCAGCGGCGCGUCCGCAACCCUGCCGAUCAUGUCGAUGAUCAUAACGCUGGUCCUCGGUCUGACGGAGCUCUCGAGAUGAAUCCACUGACGGUCCGGCCGCAAGAUAGAAGGCAUGGAUGACUGAAGAAGAAAACGGAGAACAGAAUCGACGUGGGGGAGGGACACACACGACUCACGUGACACAAACGACGGUGAUAAUAAGAUAACAAAAAGGAGAAGAAAAACACUGAAAAAAAAAGUAAAAAAAGAGGAACCGAAGAUGGAAAUAUCAGGCUCGGCUGAUAACACGAUACAAGGUUGUAAGAAAGUACUUAGCCAAUAAGGUUUAAUCGUAACUUAAGAAGAUUAGCAGAAUAUUUUUAAGAUCUAUCAGAUUCAAUAUUUCGUAUUCUACGGUAUAUAUAUACGUAUACGUAUAUACGUAUAAAUAUACAUGUAUAUGUACAUGUAUAUAUACAGAUAUACACACAAACCUCUAUAUAUAUACAUGUACAUAAUAAAUAUACAUUACAUACAUUAUAUACAUACAUACACACAUGCAUACAAUACAUACAAUACAUACAAGUACGCAUAUUAAAGCGCACCGGGUGAAACGAGAAUUCGAGAAGUGAUUUUUAACGUUUAAGUGUUAGUUAAGAAACUAACUUUUUCGGGGCGCGAAGGGAGAAGCGGAGGAAAAGUAUAAUCGAAAAAUGAUCGGAGAUCUUCGACAAUAAUACAUCAGGAUCAGAGCGAGCAUGGGAAAUUUUUCGACAAUAACGUGAAACGAAUGCUGUUCAGGGGUCGGGGUGGGUGGGGGGUGAAGUCGAUUGCUGUCGACGAUUCGAAAUCGCGGGCAAAUGUGUUUGAGUAACGUUCAACGCGCGUCGUCGUCGUCGUCGUCGUCGUCGUCGGGCGGUACACGUGAUUGUACAAUGUAAAUUUUGCACAAAGCUAUAGUCAAGUAUAAACGUAACUUUAAAGGAUCGAGUAGCACUUAAGGGUAAAUACAUUUAUAUAUAAAUGCUGUCGACUUGACAAUAAUACGUAGGGUAGCGCGAGAGGAACGACGAUGAAGGGAAACUAUCGCUGGGUGACGAACGCGAGUAAUUAAAAAUCAUGUACAACGGCGAACGAAUAAACGUCGGAUCGUUUACAGGGCUGAGGGUGUGACACGGUCGCAAAAACUAUCCCCCUUGUACGUGUAACAAUGCUAUAAUUAUGUACAUACUAUAGAGUGGACCUUCCUAAAACGGAAUGAAAGUAUAAAAUGUGCCUUGGGUACAGAUUACUGAAACUUUGUUUAAUUAACACGAAUUAGGAACCACUCGGACAGUCGACGCCCCAUGGCUACUUAGGAACUGGUCUCUCGCGCGUGAACCGCGACGCUAAUUUCUAUGCGCGUGUAUCGUGGAAAUCAUCGAUAUCUGUAUAAGCAUCGGAGACAGGACACGGUAAACAAAUUGUUCGUUGCUUGUGUUCAACACGAUAUAAUGCGAGUAACGUUUCGCUCAAACAAGGAGAACUAUUUUAACAUUGUAUAAAUCAAUUUUUCAUAUUUUUCUUUGACCUAUAAUGGAUGAAGCGAGUUUAUUGUGUUAUCGUUUAAAAUCCUUAGUUACUAAAAUCUGUGCCUCUCUCCAUGCUUUAGAUAUGAUACGUUGAUUCCUCGUUAAUGGAAAGAGUAAUAAUUAACUUUUAACGUUAUCAAGAAAUUGUUAAGGGUUGUAGAAAACGAGGAAUUCUUCUCGAGUAACAAAAUUCAUUGGAGGCAAAAGGGAAAAGAACGACGAACGUGCAACCAAGAAAUCAGAAAAAUACAUAAUCAAUCAAAGGUGGCUGAGAUCCAUGGAUCUCUUCGUUGAGAUUGUUCUCGUAGCUUCCAGCGUGUCCAGAUUCUAAGUAACGGGGUGUCCUCAAAAUUCUCAGCAGCGAAAAAUUCUUUGCAAUUCCGAUUGCUUAUCGCACGAAGACCAGUCUGUAUUUAACUACAUAUGCAUACUUAACAUAUACAUUACAUAUAAAUAUAUAAAUAUAUAUAUAUACAUAUACAUACAUACAUACAUAUAUUAAAACAUAUAUGCAUAAACAUGCGGUACGUGUAUACAUAUAAAAGAGAAAUGAAUUUGAAAAAUUUAUGUCAUUUAGCUGUCGGCAGUGUCACGGUGUACUUAUCGCUCGUAAACAUUUUCUUUUAUACACAAGCUGAUCACAGAAACAUCUACAAAUUCAAACAGCAAUUUUAUAUUUUCUCUUAUUACAGAUAAUAUUUUCAUAGUAACGAUCAUCGGUUACAAAUUAUUAUUAAAUGUAACACAACGCGAGAUCGAUUAGAACUAAAAUUGAUGGACACUUGUAUAACUGUGUGCAUCAAAUCAAGUAAUUUCUAUAACACAAAUAUUCUUCGUAUACUUUUUAUAAUCGAGUAAGAACACAUUAAAGUCAAGUUUCGUGAUCAGUAACAAAUACAACCCCCCAGUGUCCAGAACUCUCAGUAAAAUAAUCCCGCGAGCGACGAGCGCACUGUCCACGAAGCAUCCGCGCGCCGAUAGCGUCGAAAGAAAGACAGCGUUUAAUUAGGGAUACGUAUUAACAACCAUUAAGUAAACUAAGCGACAAUAACGAAGACGGUUUGCUCGAUGUUCGCGUCACGUCUGGGGCCCCGGUUCCAACGGGCUGGAAAUACUCGACGGCAAUUCUCCAAGGGGAUCGGACAACAGUUUUUCCGCGUCCGCGACUUAGAGUAUAUCGUUGUUAACCGUUUCCUUUUUUUCCCUUGUUCCCCCUCACUCCGAACCCCUCGAACCCGUUCAACUCCCAUAACACGUUCGCUAGCAGCGUCAUUUGUCGCGGUCUCGAUUUUUCCCUUGAUUUCUGUGUAGGAAAAAUGAAUUUUACGCAAAUACUGAUUGGUAAAUUGCUAUAAUACACUUUUAAAUGAAUUUUGCAAAAAUUGUUAUUUGAAUGUUGCGUAGGAAAGGUAAAGUUAAUUUUGCUCAAGUAUUUAUUGAAAUUUUGCGUAGGAGAAAUAAAGUUACUCUCACUAAGAUGAUAAUCUGAAGAUCAAUAACACUCAGUUUUUGUAUACCACAGAAAUUCCUCAAAAGAAUAUGUCGCAUUCAAGAAAAUAUUGCCAUUACCAAAACCGUAAUCGAAGCAAGUAGCUAGCAGCGAACGUUAACAUGGUUUCUACCCCACCUUCCCAUCCCGUCAGUUCCGUUUUCUUUUCUCGAGCGAGUCGGGGAGUUGACUAGCAUGUAAGCGGAUUAAAACUCCUACUUCUGUGAAUGACAAUAAUAAGAGUACCGACUUGCCGAAUUGGAUGAUUCCGGGUGGCUGCCCGCGGAGGCCGCGCGAGUCCGCGUGCCCGAGGCAUCCAUCUUCAGCUGUCCCGUCCCCGGCGUCGGGGGGCGAAGAGAGUAGCCUCUCGGUUUAGGACAAUAAAGUAGGCACGCGAAAGUCGACACGCUGUUCGGACAAUAAUACCGAGUUAAUGUAUAUUAAAUCUAUUAUAUUUGCAUGAUAGGAAAGAAUUCUAUAUUUUUUCUCGGGCCAGUGAAGCGUAUCCUACCAAGAAACGUUGAGGACUCUCGAGUCAAGAAUCUACCAAUCUAAUGAUUCCACAGCUUUCGUCGGAUGAGUUCUACGAAUAAAAGAACGAUUAACGAUAUUACAUAUAAAAUAUCACAUGUAACGACGUAAAAUAUAUAUUCGACGAUAAGACGGAAUAACAGAUUCCUUAUGAAUUAAUUCGGAGUAGAAUCUAUUGACUGAUCAAAGUCACUGAUAAGAUACCUUCACCGUCUGAUUAUGGCAGUCAGAGCGACUUCGAACGACAAAUCGAUUUUUCUCCGAUAGGGUAGCUUUCAAUUGCAAGAGUCCAAGCACGUUCAAGGAUACGGCUCACCAUUCCCAGUUUUUAGACUACUCAGACAAUAAAACUGUACUCAAUUCCUUUAAGUACAAAACGUGGGCGCGAUUGCGCGUCAUGUAGCCGACGCGAUGGCACGACGUAGGAUUGACACGUUCGUCGAUCGCCGCGGACGAAUCUCGUGUCGUUCGAACGAACGGGAGAUCUCGGAUCAAUUAUUCAACUGGUACAAGUGUACAAAGACGAGGGAGUCUAUCGCGUUAAUCUAUUAGUCGUAAAGCGAGUGUACAGCCGCGAACAUGACGGAAGACAAGAUGUCGGGGGUCGUUAGGUAGUAACGUAAAAAUUAUAUCUUUUUAUCUCUUCCCUGUUUACCCUCCACCGUUUCUCUCCCUAUCUCUCCUCUCUCUCUUUCUCUAAUUGUCUGUCUCUCCAUCUUUCUCUCUCGUUUUCCGCUCGAUCUUGUAGAAUAUUAAGAAACCACGCUGAUCGUUCGAACCUCCGCGGAGCAGCCCUCCCGAGCAGCAGGCUAUAAAGUCCUUCAAGUUGUUAGCGGUUAAGGAGCAAAUAAUAGCGUAAAUGCGACUUUCGAAGGUUUCUUUCUUUUUCACUGUAUCGUCGACGUCUGUGUAAUUUAAACGAACCAGGUGUAACGAAAGUAAAGGGAAACGGGAUGUUUGCGUGUGUAUAUGCGCGCGUAUGUGUGUGUGUGCGCGAGAUUGUACGGCCGAUCAACGGGGAGCCAUAGGUGUCCUACGUUGAUCGGCGAUCGGUGCGUGGCUUUCGAAUCGUUAGCGAUUACCGUAGCGGGUAUACAAGGAACUUUUCCAUUUUUCUGUCUCGUGUUGUAGCUAAGAUCCAUAACAGCGUUCCGCUCGUGUAACUUUUCUUCCGUGACGCGCCGAUCUCGCGCGGGGGCCGCCACCGCGAGAUUUUCAUUUCCGGGACAACCGGUUAAAGAGGGAGACUAGAAUGUGAUUCUAUCUCGUCAGCGCUCAACUCGCGGUCCAGCUGUCUAAAUAUCUUAUAAGAACGUUCUUCGUCGAGCGAUUCUGCAGAUCCUGAAUCUAUACCAUUCAUAUCACAAUUGAUUCGGAGUUGGGCGUUAUUCGAAUCGCUCGGGACAAAUUAUUUUCUGUCGAGUGCCUCGACUGUGCGGUAACGUUUCAUUGCGGUGAAUCAUUUUAUAUGCUUAUUCGGAUAAUUUAUUUUUAUUCGGUUCCUUGACAACCAGAAAAUUUAAGAACAGGAAUGUUAUAAUAAAGAGGGUUUACAAUGGAAAUAAUGAUAUACAAUAAGAUUAACCCUCUGUAUGUAGAACAAAUUAGUCACAUCCAAUGAGAAUUGAUACAAAUACUUCGAAUAAAUAAUUAUUCGAAAGAAGCUUGAUUCGUCACUCCAUAUUUCAGUAGUCACGCAAAAAUUACGCCCAACGUUGAAUCGAUUCGCUCUCUCGAUGCAGACAUAUCCGUAUCGAACAUAUCCCUAACAUAAGUCUCGGCAGCUCGAGGCGAUACGUUCAGCGCCUCGGCGCGAGGCAAACAGCGGACCGACUCCGGAAACUAGUCGUAAGGGUAUCGUUAAGCGGGAAGCGUGUCGCGCGUCCCCGAGAUCGGCGCCCGUGUUUCUGAUUUCCCGCGAAGGCCGUCUGAGGAAUAUUUCGGAAGAAUGAAACAAUGAGCGUGGAGAGGCUGGAGGAGCAGUCACGUUCACGACGAACGAUGCGAUAAUUGAACUGCGGAUCUUUGUGCUAUUCGUGAUUUUUGAUCGAACCUACGAAACCCUUGAAAUUUAAACGGGAAUUCGUUUCCUGCGAUGAGCACGGUUCCCCUUGGGACGGGAAUAAAAUGGGAAACUCGCCGGAAUUUCGGGAAUUUGCAACGAUACCAAGGCAGCACGAAGACCGCAAUUUAAUGGCGACUGACGCGGAUGGAGAACGGUUGUACACGCGACACGGAGAAUUCGGAGAGGGAUUCCCCGUGUGGCGAUCAUUUAGGAAAUAAGUGUGCGAAACGUCGUUCGAGACGUUUCCCGAGUGUCGAACAACUCGAACCGAUUGUAUAACACUGUCAAUAUGCAUGUAACGACGAAGAUCGUUUCGUUUCAACGAUACCGUAGAGAUACUCGGAGACUUUUAAAACUGGAUAUCUUUCUGAAUCUUGUCCUCGUGGUAGAAUAUAUUUUCACACUUUAACAGCACGGCGUAGGAGGCGAGCGAGUAGGGAUUUAUCGUACCGAUGGCUCGGCUCCUCGCACUCUUGGCACCGCGAAGUUUCUCAUGAAACUACGCGAAACCCUUUCAGGCCACGUCUUCUAUAAAGAAGACGAUUAUAUUUUCCUUUUCGGUGAGGCAGCUUGACAACUGGUUUCUACUUUCUUUCACGAGGAACGAAAAGCUUAGACUUUCAAAAACAGGAUCGAACAGGUGUUAGAAAUGUUGAGUCUACAGGAGAGUUCUGCCUGUUCUUGAAUUAAAAUAAUAUAAUACAGUUUUAAUACGUUUAUUAAUGUUUACUGAUCGAUCUAAUUUCCGUCGUUACUAAUGAUCUUCCAGUUUGAUUUGUGGAUUCCCUGUAGAAUGACUCUUCUUUGGAAUCUUGAGAUGACAUUGUUGGAAAGAACUUUCCGAUAGGCCUAAUGUUAAAUAAUGUUUUCAUGUGACGUUUUUAAUGUUGUUCGGUGUUGUUUGUAUUGUCAUUGAGUUCUGCAAUGCGAGUGGCUGAUGAGUUUAUGGGAAAGAAGUAAAAUGCACUCCAGCAGUGUCGAUGCGGCGGACAGAACGCUCGAAAGUGAAACCGUGUACAAAAAGGAUACGAUAAGUACGAAUUUGUUACGAUAGGCCGUCCUGAGUUGCGUUAAAAGUGUUGCGGAGAUAUUUUUGACAGACAUUACUGGAGGAAUCGCGCGAGCAACGUGUCGGAAUGAAAGUAUAGUGCGGAUUGGAAAUCCAAAUCGAGUGCGAAGUUCAGAAGUAUCAUAAGACUUCUUUCGGAACGAGAAUUCAAGAAUAAAGUUUUACGCGGUACACUUUCAUUCAACCUAGCAAUUGACAAACUCUAAGUGAACUCAUUUUACACAAUAUUUUAUCCAUAAGCAUUGACUUCUAAAUCUGAAUGACGAUUGAAAUGAAAGAAGUAGCAGUCAAAGUAUAAAUUAACACUUAAGCACCCGGCAAUUCGAGUGUACGAUAUACGCCAAACUUUUUAUAGAAUCAUUUAACGUAAAUUAACUCUGUUUUGAUACGCUGAAAGCAAAUCGAUUUAAAAAGUAUACGCAAUAUCAUAGGAUUACGUUAAAAAUACUUUAUUUGAUGGGUUGUAAAUUCAGUCGUAAUGUUUUACAGAUAAGAAACUUCACUUUGUUUAACCGCUUGGCCUAUGAUUUCUUUCUCAACUCCGAUCGCUACUUUGUCAUUAAUAAUUUAUUGGAAAAAGAGAAAAAUUCAGAGGAAUAAUAUUUACUUUGAAUUCGAAUGUACUGAGUAAUAUAUAUAUUUGUUGAAUCACGUUGAAAAUCUUCACCACGAGUCUAGCGCGUUAUAAGGCAAGGGGUUAACUUGACAGAACAGAAACUCCCUAACGCGAAGCUAGGCGUUAAAGUGUUGGAAACGAUAAAUCUGUGAACAAUGCGGAGAAAUUAUUUGCAGAAUGUUCAAAGUUGAACUACAAAAGAAAGUCUCAACGUUCGUGCAGCAAUCGAUGCAAGUAGAAUAGGUCCGCGCGCGGUCGGACGCGAGUGCGAGGAGCCGAAGGGGAGGAGUCCAUGAGAAACAUUUCCAAAAUAUCCGUAGAUAGGUCGUUUUCGAACACGCUGACGCGCGCCCCCCAUUAGCGUUUAGAGUAUCCUGUAGCGAAUAACUUAGUCGUGGUGAACUAACAGUGAAACGAUUUAAGAAGAGAGAAAACGAAGAAGCGGAUGGAAGAACAGCAGAGCAGAGACAUGGCGCAAGUCGAACAAGAAACUUUGUCAACCACCGUGGAAGAACACGAAGGCAGAGAAGUCCGACGAGGGUUCCGAAAGAAAAGGGGUGAGUUUCACAGAAACUCCCGGGGGUCCUCGCGGACUUGAAUAACGGAGGCGAAUAAAAAAGAAAACGGAGGGAAGAAAACAGAAGAAGAUGAAGUAAAAUCGUAGUACAUUAUCGAGAACGAAUAAAACAAUUGUCAACCGUUUUUUUCAACGUUUACGUGUUAGACUAGGUUAAUCAACAAGGUAAUUCUAUUAAUCGUGUACUCGUAAUUACUGUAAAAGUCAACACUCAAUCGUCGAAAUCCUCGUGUAUGUGUGCGCGUGUGUGGAAGUGUUCCUUCGCCCGAGCGAGACACGCGCGGUGACUUUCGCGUCUUCUUCGUGGACAAUGUUAAAAACGAUACUUUAAAGAGAUACGAGAGAGAAAAAGGUAAGAAAAAUGAAAAAAUAGUUUCGCGAUAGAUGAACAACUUUGGAACAGUAGACAUUGAAAUGAGAACUCCUGUGGCCGAUCAGAUUCAUUUGUAACGUGACGCGCGUGUCGAUCCAUCGAUCGCUCGGCAGGAUCGUAAACUUGCCAACUGCAUACAAAGAUGUAUACGAGUUUGAAUUACGAUGUCGGUGCAGCAUGCCGCGUUGUCGGUCACGUGUAUGUACGCGUACGUGCGUGCGUGUGUGUGUGUGCCUGUGUGUACAUGCGUGGAUGUUGCACGUGUCGUCCUUUCCAAUCCUACUUUUUCCGUUCGUCCUCGAACAACGAUCCUCCCCCGGGAUCGAUUCAGCGUAAAGAGAUGUUCAACGAAACUUGUCUCGUAAAACUAGCAAAAGUCCUAGAAUCAGCUGUCCCGCGACCAGACGUCCUCCCCCGUAGAGGCCAAUCUUCGUUUCUCCUAGCUGCGGUGCUAUAGGAAUAAUUUCAUAGACUCAUCCGAAUGAUUUGAUCCGAUCGCCAUCGAUCCCCCGGCGCGGAGAACGCGACCGAGACUACAGUUUCACGAGACAAGUCGAAAGAUCUAUGAAACAUAAUACGUUAACGAGUCGUUAAGUCUAGGGCUCUUAGGUAAACACUUCGCACGAAACGUUCGAGAUUCAGAUUCGUUCGAACGCUGCAACGUUUCCGAUAGCUUUUCUAAAUAAUCGAAACAUACGUAUAUAAUAUACAUAUAUAUAUAUAUAUAUAUAUAUUCCGAAGGUGUCUGACGAUUUCCGUUGCCUGAACCGAGUCGAAUUCCUAUUGCGCUAAGAGCCCUGAAACGAGGAAACAGUUCAGGCGAACGUCUUGUAUAAAAAGAUGCACGUGUAUUUUUCCGCGAUCGUUUGUUUCGUUGGGUUUCAACCGAUCAGUUGGGUAUAGAAUUGGCUGGAAAAAAGCCGGCCGAACGAAUGGCCGAACGAAGGGGAAGCGUGCGUGCGAACGCCGGGUAACAUUCGAUUGGCCGUGUCCUUCGUUUUCGGAACGGCUGGACACGCCUGGUUCCGCGAAACGUUGAUUUCCUUGAUAUAGUCUAUGCACAGUACAGUGAGGUAAUUAAGCGAGUUUCAUUUGUAGCGUUCAUCUGUCCUUACGAGAACACGAAGAAGGGGAAACGAACACGCAUACGGACACGCAUCAAGCCGCACGGAAAGAGACGCUCGCGCGUUUCCCGAGCAUUAACACGUUCGCGACCAGCGUCACAUAUUUGUGACGCUAAACAUUUGGUAUCUUUCGUAAAAAAAAAUUAAAUUACACACAUGUGUGUAUUUAAAAUCCGUGGUUUCAGAUAUAGGAAGGUGGCAUUAUAUAUUUUCUAUAAUUUUAUUUGUAUUUUAUGAAGACGAUUUCCUGCGUUCUAUGAAAUAUUGUAAUCAUGAAGAUUGCUAGUGAAACAUCGGUCGCUAACGUGUUAAGGAAACUCGAAGUUGCAAUACGAGGUGCAAUGUAAUCUAACGGGUGAAAAAUGAGUAUAAAACAAGACUGCUCUCGCCGGCAAAACAGCAUCAUUAACCCUCGGGAAAUAAAUAGAUACUUAGGAACGAGGACGCUCUUAGAGCAAACGUUGCGGGGCUUUUUUCCCAUGAAUUCUCAAAAAAGGGAAGAGAACGUUGGUUUUUUAAAGGUGAUUGUACAAUCUCUAUAUUUCACGGUUGGAUUAAAAUAUUACCAAAAAUUGUCGGUGCUUUCGUUGAAGGAUUGUGAAUCAUGCUGUCCGUGACAUUUCCCCAUCGAACGAGUGAACGAUCUUCUUAAUUAGAUUAAUAUGUUGAAAUUUAAUUGGUUUGAUCUGAUAACGCCUUGAUUAGGGUACACAAGUUUUUAUUUUGGUCCUAGUUCUUGCGAAGUAGUUCAUAGAAGUCUGUCUGUCAACUAUUGGAUUUAUAGAUUUGGGAUUAUUUUGAAUUUAUUGGAGGACUUCCGGUUUCGAGGAUUUCAGGUUUGGAAGCGUUGAAGUUUGAGCUCCUGGGAAUCGUGAGAAUAGAUCCCGCCCGUUAUCCAAGAGCGGCGCCGUUCGGUUAAAAUUCAAUGUACGCCACGCGUCACGAACACCUUCGUUCUUCAUUUAUCGUGGUUUCCUUUGAGUUAAUUUAGAUGAUUUGAAAAGGCGGAAAACAUUUACAUUUACAGUUACAUUUCAAUUCUGCGCGGAUCCAAGUUUGUACGUAUUUAUCCAUUGUAUGCAGAUCCACGUCCGAAGGAUAACUAUGUAUGGUGAAGAUAUUAGCAUUGCGGCCGCUCCUAGAAGCCGUGGAGUCACGAUGAAUUAAUUAUUCUCCAAUGGAAAAAUAUCUCAGGAUAAUUGUACUCGUUCAUUGUCUCCCCCUGUCCUAUUUCUCCAGACCCCUCCUAAAUUUUUCUUUCCCCGCAAUGUUCCGACGCGUUUAAAUCUACAGCUUUGACAGCGCUACAUUUAUUAAUGAUUGGGUAAAAAGGAGCAUCUAAGUAAUCAUGAGGUAUAUAAUAUAUUAUGAUUAUGAAUUAUUGAACAUUGUAUCAAAUUUUAUAUUCACUUCUUGUGGUUGACAA